AUUUCAGAUUUUUCCUGCAGAUCAUCAUUCCUUUUUUUUCUUUCAACCUGGACUUCUAUAAGUCCCUAGAUGUAUCAGAUCGUGGCAUAAGUCUUCCCAUGGAAAAAAAUGCCGAUUCCUCGUCUGAGUGUGCAGAUGAGGAUGACGAAAAGAGCGAUGAAUCUCCAUCUUCCGGCAAUGAGUUCAGUCGAGACCCGAAUCGCAAGAAAAGGGGGAAAUAUAGGAAGUACUCGAUGGAGCUCAAACGGGAAAUUGGUCGCUAUGCUCAAACUCACGGAAAGCAAAGUGCGAUAGAACAUUUCUCCAGUGAACUUGGAUUUACUCUUAGCGAAAGCACUGUUCGCCACUUCGUUCGUCAAUGCGGAAAUCCCACAUCCCCUCCUCCCGGUCUCAUUCGACGGAAAGCUCGGCUAGCAUAUUCGCGGGAAUUUCGUGCUCAAGUUGGAGAGUUCGCAUCUGAAUACGGGAAUUCAAAGGCUAGAGAUCAUUUUGAAACAAACCUUGGCGUUAGGGUUCCAGAGAGUACUAUUAGAGAUAUGAAGAAAUGGUUUUUAUCUCGGCACGACCGACAAGAGAGCAGUGACCGGGAAUUGGAUAGCAAAUGUCAAGAUAACGUACUGCGUGGACGGCUGCGAGGGCGAAAAAAUUUUAAAUACGAACUUGAACAGAGGCUUGUAAUAGCAGAUUACGCUUUCAAAUGUGGCAAUACUGCCGCGGUUCGAUUUUUCGCUAAAUUUGGGCUUGAGCUAAAUGAAAGUACGGUGCGAAGUUUUAAACGGAAGUUCAUUCGUCUCGAUGCUUCUCAUCAAAAUGCAGCGGAAGCUGAAACUUUGCGAGCCGUCAAGUCAGGAGAGUUCAGAGAAAAACUGAAUGAGCUCUUCAAUAACUGUCCAAAUAUGGCACGAAUACCUCCACCUGAAGUCACUAUCCAGUGGUUAGAUCCGAGCGUUAUCAAGAAGCGAGAGGAAGAUUUGGAAUUACCCGUGCCCGAUGUGACGAUCGAACGACUUCCCAAUCUGGUGUCCAGAGCCGUUGGUACAAACGACAAAAAUUCUCCUGAUCCUUUUUCGGAUGAAGAGCUAGACGUACAUGCCCCGCAACGUGAACAAGAUUUCGAAGCCGAAGAAGCAGCGCUCCGGUUGCUCGACUUAUCUCGUGGGCAUCUCAGUGGAGUAUCUCGAGUGGAUCGUUCUUCCCGUGAUGAAUCUCCUCAAAUCCAGCACUCGAAUGAAUUCGUUGAACGGUUCCGCAAAAAGUACACACAGGAUCUCAAGUAUGAGAUUGGGAGAUACGCAUUAAUCCAUGGAGUGAGUGCGGCGAGGAGAGUUUACAGUGAACGAAUUGGCCGAAUUCUUCCGCGCACGUCCGUUAGAGACAUGAUGGUGAAAUAUCAAGCCCGCCAUGGGCUAAUGAAUCUACCAGCUUUAAAUCCCGUUAACGUUUCGAAUUGAAAAUAUUUGUAGUUGAUCAACUGCUCUGGUAGAACACAACCAUAUCAGCGAAGCUGCAUUAGCGAAUUUCUACCUGAAAAUUUCCUGUGAUUCCAUCGUGUGCAAUCUUCAAAUUUAUGAAUAGGUCAUUUUUGAUUGCAAUUGUCUUGUAGCAUAUCGACGGAAUAUCGUGCGUAUCAGUAGAUCUGCAGGAAUUUGAACUUGAAAUUAUAUCAAAGGCAUUGCUCAAUCUUCUAGAACUAGUGAAACGCAUCGUUUCCCCAUUCAUUUGCUUUUAAAAGCGAAUGGUAAAAGCUGUUCGUGUCACCAAGUUUUUUCGUUGAGUAAAUUUUAUCUAGUCAGAGGAGGAUGGAUUGGAGGACACUUCCAGGCUAUUGGACUAGUCGGAGACCGUGAAAUAAUGGCUCUAAAUCAUUUUUUAUGUCCCGUUCCUGGCCUCUUUGUUUUACCCAUUUCAGUCAUAAUGGUGCGAAGAAAAUGUUCUUCAAUGAAAUCGGAUCUGCUGUAAUAUCCUUCGUGAUGAAAUGCCCAAAACUCGACCGAAUUUAUAAUACUGAAUUCUAAAAGUUGACUUUGGGCCUCGCCGACAAAUCUUGAAAAUUAAAUUCGCGAAAGAUUAGUUGGAUUUCUCCGAAAUUUUCUUCCCUUAGUGUCUUCCUUUUUGCCGAAACUUCAUCAUAUCACCUGAAAAUCUUCCGAAGUAACCUUGUAUACUGUUCAUAUCUUGAGAAUUUUGAAGAAAAUGUGAUAGUGGCGACAGGACAUCCAAGCUUGCGCUAAACGUUCCGAGAAGCAUUCCGUGAAACGAUGGGCAUUCCUAAACGUGUUCAGUGACUGAUCUCUUAGGAAAUUUCAUGCGAUUUGAACGCUCAGUUAGUGUGAGCAUGUGCAUGAUGUCAUUUUUCAGUGCUUCAAAUGAGAGCACUGUUGCAUUUUCCGCUAAUGAAUUUCAUGACGUUCAUCCAGUGUUAUUUUUGUUACCGUGCAAAAUAUUUUUCAUGUCCCUGAAAUUGAAGCUAUUCUUCAUCCGUACAGUCUGUGGCGACGAAAAUUUGUCACGAUGAGUGACUACGGUAUGAGAUUCGACCGUUAUGACGUGUUGUCGGUGCUCACACGACUCGGGAUCGCAUGCGGCGUGUCAUAUGUGACGGUGAAAGUGAUGAUGGAUUUAUUGGAUCCGACUCGAAAGCAAAAAGCCGACGCGCAAAAGAAAGCCGAAUUGUUACUGUCAAAGUUGAAUAUUCAAAGAAACCUGAAACUGACAGAGCACGAGCUCAUGAUCGCUAGCCAGUUGCUAGAACCUAAAAGUCUUCUCACGACGUGGGAGGAUAUCGGGGGUUUAACGGAAACCAUCAAAGAGCUGCGAGAGACCGUUAUUCUGCCUCUUAUAAAUCGAAAACUCUUCAAUUCCCGUCUUCUUCAACCACCAAAAGGAGUUUUGUUGCAUGGGCCACCUGGUUGCGGGAAAACAUUGCUCGCUCGCGCGACCGCCAGUGAAUCUGGAAUGCAGUUCAUCAAUUUACAAGUGUCAAUUUUGACCGACAAAUGGUAUGGCGAGAGUCAAAAGCUUGCCGCUGCAGUUUUCAGUCUUGCAGUCAAGAUUCAACCCUGCAUUGUUUUCAUCGAUGAAAUAGAUUGUUUCUUGCGGACCCGGACUGGUUUCGAUCACGAAGCAACAGCGAUGAUGAAAUCACAGUUCUUAUCAUUGUGGGACGGCAUCGCAACGCGAAAUGACUGUAUGGUUGUGGUGAUGGGUGCGACGAAUCGUCCGUCAGAUCUUGACUCGGCUAUUUUGCGUCGAAUGCCGUGUGUUUUCCGCGUGAACCUUCCAAACCAGCCCCAACGCGAAUCAAUUUUGAGACUCAUGCUGCGCAAUGAAUCCGUGUCUGAUGAUGUGAACUUAGAAACACUCGCUGGAAGAACGGAUGGGUUUAGCGGAUCAGAUCUCUAUGAAUUAUGCCGUACGGCUGCGAUAACUAGAGUUCGAGAAGUGUGCAACAGCGGGAAUAUGCCAUUGCCCGAUGGUCUUCGAGCGAUGACCAAGGUCGACUUCGACGUAGCCUUGAAGAAGCUCAAGUCAUCCAGUGUACACGGCUUGGCUUUGUCACAUUCUCCUGGACCCGAUUAA